AUGGGCAGCGCUGCCGGUGCCGCCGGGGGUCCCUGCCGGAGCCCUGCCCUGCUGCUGACCCUCGCCCUGAUCCUCGCGGCCGGCCCGGGGGCUGCUCCCGCGUCCAAAAGGCACCCAGAGCACCAGAACACCACGGAUGCGCCGGGGGCUGGCUGGGAGAUCCCCCCGUCACCCCCGGACAGUGGAAGGGAACAGGACCCCAAGAGCGGAGAGCUCCUGAGAAAUGUCACUGGGGCAGGGGAAAAUAGCUACACAAUGGCGCCCUCGGAGGCAGCCAGAGUGAAGGAAUUCUGGAGAAAGACACCUGCUGAUCUCCCAGGGCUGGCAGCAGAAGGCGUAGGCACAGCUGCUGCAGCUUCCGCAGACCAAGUCAGCGGCCUUCCUGGAGCAGGGAUCUCUGUACAGUAUUAUCCCGGCGGGAUUAGCGAGGAGAACAAUGAAUCGUCGCUCUGUUUGGGAUGCCCCGGGGGGGUUGACAGCCAGAGUGCCUGGCCCCCGAAGCCUUUGUUGGCUAAGGACAAUGAGGGGGCCAUGGAAGCCUCAUCAGCCGUGACUAGUAUGGCUUGGCCUGUGAACGGAGAGGCCAUUGUUUUGGCAUUAAGUGACACAAAGGGAGCGCCGGAGAGCACAGCCCCUGUCCCCGAGAGCCAGGAGGAGGCCGGGAGCGGAGACCAGCCUGCCAGAGCCUCUCCGGGCGGCGUGUGGAACCCGGGAGCUUUCGUGGAGCUCACGGUCACCCCGCCCACCUACCGGGUCCCCACAGAGAUGGUGGGCGCAGCCAGCCCGUCGGCAGGACCAGGCCUCAGCUCUGACUCAGCCGAGAUGGACCUGCUGCUGGAGGCCUUCAGGGAAGUGGUGCUGCAGCCCCCCACCCCGGAUGGCCAUGCCCCUGAGCUGGGCACCCAGACGCAGAGCAGCACAGGGCUGGCACAGGACUCUGCCCAGAAGGAGGAGCCCCUGGAGCUGUGGCUGGCAUCGUCCAGCAGCUCCCCGGCCCAGGGGGCUCUAGGCUACACCGAUCUAACCUGGCUCAAUACCGAAGUGCCCCCGGGGCCCCAGUUGGCCGUCACGCCCCCUGUCGACGCUCUCAAGACCCCCGAGCCUCCCUCAGCUCAGUCGGUCUCCGAGAUCAUUGACAUCGACUACUACGACCUCUUUGGUGGGGAGAGCCAAGGCAGGGGUGGGGGCCUGGAGGGUUUCCCUGCCAGGGGCCCCGGAGGAGCAGACGCCCCCAAGAGGAAACUGGAUGACAAGACGACGUCCUGGGCCAUUCACGAGCUCUACGACGACUUCACACCCUUCGACGAGUCAGACUUCUACCCUACCACCUCCUUCUACACGGACGGGGAUGAGGAUGGUGAAGAUGACGAGCUGGACGAGGAGGAAGAGGAGGAGGACGGGGGUCGUGGGCUGGCCACGGACCUGGAGGAUGAGAACAACUCCAAGCUGCCUAUCCCGGUCACGCCCAAGAUCCAGACUACGGUGCAGGAGGCCGAGCCCACCAGCCGCCGCUAUGUCAUCCCCCCGCUGCAGACCUUCAUCGUCUCUGGGGGUGGCGCCACCUCCAGACCUCGCCCGGCGGAGACCAGCCAGGACCUGAGCCAGUCGGCCGUGGCGGCAGGACCCGGGGGCGAGAACGGGACCGAGUGCAGGAGUGGCUACGUCAGGCAUAACAACUCCUGCAAGUCCGUGUGUGACAUCUUCCCCAGCUACUGCCACAACGGAGGCCAGUGCUACCUCGUGGAGGGCCUGGGCGCUUUCUGCAGGUGCAACACCCAGGAUUACAUCUGGCACAAGGGAAUUCGCUGCGAGUCCAUCAUCACCGACUUCCAGGUGAUGUGCGUGGCCGUGGGCUCGGCAGCACUCGUGGUCCUGCUGCUCUUCAUGAUGACCGUCUUCUUUGCCAAGAAGCUCUACCUGCUCAAGACUGAGAACAACAAGCUGCGCAAGACCAAGUACCGAACGCCAUCCGAGCUCCACAACGAUAACUUUUCCCUGUCCACGAUUGCCGAGGGCUCCCAUCCAAAUGAUGACCCCAAUGCUCCCCACAAACUGCAGGACUCUCUGAAAUCCUGCAUGAAAGAAGAGGAAUCAUUUAAUAUUCAGAACUCCAUGUCGCCCAAGCAUGAUAAUGGGAAGGGCGAACAGGAUGAGUCCGGUGUGAACUGUCUGCAGAACAACUUGACAUGA